AUUUAGUUACAGAGCAAUCUCUCCUUUCUACUGAAAGCACAAACGCAUCGAGAAAACCAGAGAAGCCGUCGUCUUAGGGUUAAGCGUAAAUACAAGCAGAAAGUCAUGGGAGUUUUCACCUUCGUUUGCAAGAGCUCCGGUGGCCAAUGGACUGCAAAGCAAUUCUCAGGUGAUCUUGAGGCCUCCGCCGCCUCCACCUACGAGCUCCAAAGAAAGCUUGUUCAGACCGCUCUCUCCUCUGACUCAUCCGGCGGCGUUCAGUCAUCUUUCUCUUACAUCACUCCCACUUCCGCUGUAUUCCAGGUGAUUGUUGGUGGAGGUGGUGGUGGUGCCGUCUUUGCCGGUGGCGCUGCUGCCGCAGCCCCCAGUGGUGGAGCCGCUGUCGAGGCUGCCCCAGCUGAGGAGAAGAAAGAAGAGAAGGAAGAGAGCGAUGACGACAUGGGUUUCUCACUCUUCGAUUAGACACUCUUGUUUUUGCUUCGUAAGAAGAGAUCUUUUUUGCUACUUUAAGAGUUUGUUUAGUAUCAUGCUUUUAUGUUAGUUCUUUUUUUUUUCUUUUUAUUAUUCGGUGCUUUUCAACAUGAGAAUCGGUUUAGAUAUUAUUGAUAUGAUAUGGGCGUUUUACAAAUUUGUUCUACCUUCUAUGAAUGAGGUUUGUCUGUU